UCUGUCUGGUUGAAUUUGAAUAGACUUUGCGAGGCAACGUCUCCGGUGUACAGCAGCACAAAGUCCCAUGCUUUGCAAAACAAAAAUAUGGCGGGAUUGAAGGAUUAUAUUGAAAUUAUAGCAACCAAAGGACGGCGGUGCGUUUUGGAUUUGUUUUAAAGCUGUGUUUUUUUGCGUGAACAGUUUUCGGUCCCGCUGGAGUUAUUGGUAUGAUAUAAACAUGCCCUUUUAUCAGAGGAGCAUCGAGCCGCGGCGUGUUAGUAGGUUAUCGGCGAGGGAUGGCUGGAUACCGAGGGAGGAAACCGGGAGACGCAAACUGCGAAAACCCGUUUUGUUCUCGUCUCUGGAUGAGGUUGGCUGUCACACGUUGACCAACAUAAUUCACCAACUUUCCGACCUUUCUCGACAUGCCAGCGACAUCUUCCUGGGCAUCGAGAUGGAGGCAGGGAUGGUGUUCAGAAGAUCCUGCAGGAUUCAGGGGCGGCUGCAAAAGCUGCAGGGGGAAGUCCGCAAGUUUGACCCCAAGAAAAUCAAAAUCCCGGUGUCUAACCUGGACGAGGAGAGCAAGUGGACGGUACAUUACACAGCUCCGUGGCACCAGCAGGAGAACGUCUUCCUACCAGGCAGCCGGCCGCCCUGCGUAGAGGACCUCCACCGUCAGGCCAAAGUCAACCUCAAGACCGCCCUGCGAGAAUGCGACAAGUUGAGGAAAGAUGGUUUCCGGAGCUCUCAGUACUAUUCUCAGGGUCCCACCUUUUCUGACCCCUUACAGUCCACCAGCAGCCUGCAGGAUGAGGAAGAGGAUGAUAAUGACAAGAAGUCCACAGCUUCAUCAGCAGAGGAUGACAAAUCUCAGCUCUCCAUGAGGCCCCAGACCCCGCAGGGAGGGGAGGGGUACGAGGUUGACGGACAGGUGGUAUGGAACAAGAGUGCACCCCUCCCCACCCCGGAGGAGAAGAUGAGGCUGGCAGCUCAGGCCGUGCCCACAGACAUAGUUCCCAUCAACGUCACAGGGGCAGUGUUUGACCGACAGGCGAGCAUCCGGCGUUCCCUCAUUAACACUGACACCGUAUCCCGCCGGCCCAAGAAGGUCAAACGCAGAAAGACUAUAUCAGGGCUGCCUGACAACUUCAACCAUGAGCUAGCAGCAAAAGGACACGGCGGAGAGCUCCGGCCGCAUUCCAUGUUCAUCCCAGGACAGUACUCCACCUUGGGCAGAGUUGGGAGCGUAAACUCAACGCUCCGACGUUCAGAAACCAGAGACUCCGGCUGCCAGACAGAAGAGGUGAAGAUUGUCCCCCCGUCCAUGAGAAGAAUCCGGGCUCAAAGAGGACAGGGGAUCGCCGCUCAAAUGGCCGGCCUUUCCAACUCCUCCUCGACAGGAAGUAUAUCCAUCUCGAGCAGCGACAGCUCCGGGAUCCUGAUGCUGCCACAGUAUAACAGAGAUCCUUCACGCUUUCACAGUCUGCCCCGACAGGGCGCCAGGGUGUCCCUCAGCGCUGACCCCAUCUGUAGCAGCACCCCCAUCAAGUCAGAGGAGCAAACUACACCUCAGAGGCAGAUCGGAAAGCUCCAGGUUGACGACACAGUAGUGCACAUGAGAAACGCCCCGAGGACAGGCACCCUGCCCCGGCCCAAGUCUCAGGAGGUGAGGGGGACGCAGGCCAGUGAUUGGGGUGGUGGUCCUGCAUGUGUGGUCUCGCCACAUGCCGCUUAUUCCACCUCACUCAUCCCCAACGCCACCAUGUCCAGCUCCUGUGAGGUCAUAACCCUCAACACCUCUGGUCAGCUCCCCCAGUCCCCCGCCUCGACUUACCCCACAGCUCGGCCGCUCAGUCUGGCUUCCUCCAUCAACAAUGACCCCAGUCCAGCAGGCUUCACCCACAGUUCCACCUGCCCGGCCUUGGCCACCUCUACUCCCACUCAUGCACCAGAGGAUGGUGGUCUGUUAGUAGCAGCACCUGCUAGCGAGUCAGGGCACUCGGAUAGCAGUAUACACAGCCACAGUACCUUGGCCCCCACGCCGCCAUCCAGUCUGCCAGAGGAGCAGUGGAUCUAUGACACGCCGGAAAAUGUAGUGGUUCCGCACCGCACUCUCACCUCCAGCUGCUCCACUCCCAUAAACCAGCUGUACAGCAGCCUGGACCUCUCCUCAAGGACCACUACUGACUCCAGCUCCCUCUAUUCCCAAGACAAUGAUGGAUACUACACCUCCAUGCACCUGGACUCAGGCCUGCGCUCUCGCAGCCAUGGCAGUGGGCAGGGCGCGGCACCUGGACGUGCCACUAGGCACAGCAUGUACGAAUGCCGUGAGAUGGCCAAUCAGGAAGACUCUGGAAGCUUGUACAGUGACCGCUCUCUGUCCCGCAGCAUCUCUCUCCGUAAGGCCAAGAAGCCUCCUCUGCCCCCAGCUCGCACUGACUCUCUGAGACGCAAGUCUGGUCCAAAAAAGCCCCUUGGAGGUGUGAGUGCCAUCAGCGGUGCUAGUGAGUCAAACGGAGCCAUGCUAAACGAGACUCUUAUUGCAAGCUUGCAGCAGAGCCUGCAGAUGGGGCUGAGGGGAGGGAAAGGAAAAGGGGCGUCACCUUCUUCACCGUCUCACAGCCCGAGCAGCGACUACGACGACCCUUGGGUGCUACGGCCACGCAGUCAGAGUAGCAUCAGUGCAGGUAGCUCUGCAGCAUCAUUAACAGCUAACGCCAACUGUGGCGGUGUGUCCAAUGUGUACUCGCUAUGCCAUGUGACUCCCGCUCACAGUGACACCAGCAGCUUGCGUUCAGACUAUGCUGAUUCCUGGGGCUACUACAUGGACUACCCUCGUAACCAUGGAGACCAGAGGGCACAGACACCCCCGGCAAACACCACAGAUAACACUGGGGCUCACCCAGGAGAGUUACACAAUGGAGGGGAGAUUCUCAACAACGGGCAGGCACCUGGAGCUCCAGGCCAGGAGGGCGGGAUGGCAGUGAAGCCCAAAAUGUCCACCUCCUCACCAGAUAGGGUGCACAGGCUGACCUCCCCAUCCAGCGGGUACUCGAGCCAGUCCAACACGCCCACAGCUGGAACCCCAGUGCCCUCCUUCGUCAGGUCCAUGUCUCCCUCGGGCAGCCGGCCCAAACCUAAAGUCCCAGAAAGAAAGUCAUCUCUCCUCUCCUCUGUCUCCAUGUCUUCCUCUUCCACCUCCCUCUCCUCCAACACCUCAGACUCACUCAAAAGCUCCGGACCUCCUCCUCCACCACCUCCCCCCUUGCCCCUGUCCUCCUCCUCAGCUCCCACCACCCCUCUCAGCCCACCUCCACCCUUCCCUCCCCCUCUACCACACCCUCCAGUGCAGGCAACCCUCUUCUAACUCCCCCAAUUCCAACCACACCACAGGGUCUCAUUCCACCACCUGCUUCCUCCCACCUCCCCUGAAUUCCCUCCUCCUCCUAACGGGGUGAUGAGCGGCUUGGGUGACCCAUCCUACAAUGGGAGCUUCAGUCCUCCCCCUCCACCUCCCCCUCCUGUCCCCUCCAUGGGGCCCCCUCCUCCUCCUCCACUGCCUGCUGUUGUCCCACCUUCCUUCUCCCCGUCUUUUGUGAAGGCAGUGAAAGAUGCUCCUAAACCAGCUCUUCCCAGCAGCCCCACAAAGUCACCCAAGCCGCUCAUCACCCCGUUUGCGCUGCAGAGCGUUCAGCUCCGCUCCGUUAAACGGCCAGAGAAGGAGAUUAACGGCCAAUCAGAUGACACCAGGGCUCAGCAAACAGGUGUGGACCUCCUUCAGGGUCUGAACCCCAAGAGCCUGGAGCAUCUCACAAUGAUACACCUGUCAAACGGCUCCACAGAGGAAGAUUCACGCAACUCCUCACCAUCGCCUGUGUCAAAACUCUUAGAGGAGUUGUCUUUAGACUGCAGCAUCACAGACAACACACCAGAUUGUGCUGUCAUAAACGGAAAAGCCGAAGAUCACUUUCUCUUAAAUGGAACAGAUAAAGUUGAACCAUUGGCCAGUCCACCAGAGAGCUCCCAAAGCUCUCCAGUCAAACAGAAACCCCCAGUCGUCUCCAAGAAACCCCAAAUCUCUUUUCUCCCACCGUUUAGCCCCCAACCAAUCACAGAACAGGUUCAAACUCAACAGGAGGAUACAGCCAGCCUGUCGCAAGCAGAAGACCAAGUAGAUGCGCCGCAAAAACAAAUUCAGAAAGAAGAGGAAGAGAGUAAAAGUGAGCAACAGGAGGAAGAGACUUCAGAGAGCUCUGAGCCUCCAGCAUCCACAGUGACUCUGGACGAGUCUCCCAGCCAGGAGAGGAGUCCUGACCACAGAGUGUGUACCAAUGGAGAGGCUCAUGAAGAGGAAGAGGAGGAGGGAGAUGGGACAAGUAGCACGACUGGAUCCAUCAGUUCCAAGGAGGACGACACUAGUGAAGUGUUCUACUCCAGUACGGCUGAAUCGUCUCCGGUCCUGUCGGCCAACGGGGCCUCUGAGGAGAACAUGGUGACCCCGACUCCGACGCGGCCCCGAACCACUGAGGACCUUUUUGCUGUCAUUCACAGGUCAAAACGCAAGGUCUUAGGUCGCAAGGAGUCCGAGGAGGACAAGUCCCGGGCUGGGAGCCAACCACAUUCUCCACCCGUCACCCCCACAGGCGGCUCCCCAGGGAUGGUAUCCUCCUUGCCCCGCCAAACAGGCUCCAUCCAGCGCAACCUCCGUAAGUCCUCCACCAGCAGCGACACCUUUAAGGCGCUUCUCCUAAAGAAGGGCAGCCGCUCAGAGACCAGCUUCAGGAUGUCGGCCACUGAGAUGCUUCGCUCCACGGACCCUCGCUUCCAGAGAACGCACUCCGAGUCAGCAUUAGACUCCCCUGCUGCUUCUCCCUCCCCGCUGUCAUCGCCACACAGCCCCUGUGCCUCUCCUGGCCGCGGUAAGAGGGCGACAGAUGAGUGGAGCCGCUACGAGGCCUUGGCUCUUUCCUCACCGACAUCAUCGUCUUUCUCGAUGAGCGGGUUAAAAUACGGGCGCUCGCGCACGCCACCCUCUGCUGCCAGCAGCAAGUACAAUGCGCGCAGCCGAAUCCUCAGCAGCCCAAUGACAGUAAUCUGUGAGCGUGAGGGGGAGCUGGCUGAGAGCGAGUAUGGGGACACUGCAGAGACCGGACCCACGGCUCAGGCACUCCCUGUACUCAACAACUCCAAUGGCACUUUAUCUGAAGAGAGCAGAAGCUAAAGCGCAAAGACCGCCCCUUAGACAGGGGGAGCUGAAACCACUCGUCAUAACCAGGUAGGGGGCAGGAAGGGGAGCCGGUAGAGACACCUUCCUGAGCCCCACCCCUUCGACGCUGCCUCUGAGGGAGUGGAUAUGUCGGGCCCUUUUAUGAGGUCCGAGGUCGACGCAUUAUGGACGGGGCUGAACUUGAAGUGGAGAACUGGUUCUGCUGCAGCUUUUCAUGAUUUUCACUCUGUCCUUCGUUUUGUGACUCACCCUUUGUGUUAAACGCCCGGUGUUCUUAGUUUGUUUUGCUGUUUUUUAACUUUCUCAUCGUUAACACGCAGGAACCUUUUUAGGACAAAGUUCAGAUGGAAGGUGAAUUGAAGGAAUUGAAAAGUCACAAGUUGUAACUUUGCUGCUGUGGUGCUACGUAGCUAGGCAGUUGAAAAGAGUGGAAUGUAGAGGCGUGUCGGACAGAUGCUCGCCUUGUGAAUCUUCUCGGCUUCUGUUGGCUCUGGAAAGUGUUUUUAAGAGAGCACCACGGUUUGCAAGUGUUGGCUUCAAACAGCCUGUAAUGUUGUGGAAAGAACACAAGGAGGAUGUGGUACAACUGACGGCUCCAUGGUACAACUUUGCCAGGUUUUGCUUUCUGCUCUUAGCUCAGAGGUUUAGUUUGCAGAGCUGGUAUGUUCAGUGGUCCAUAGGAAGUGCACAGGGCUCAGUGUUGUCUCCUAGUGACGGGCAGGAAUAAAACAACUGUCGAGUGUAAAACGACUCAACCAAAACAGCAAAUUUACUCUAUAAAAAGGCUCAUAAAUCCUCUAUUGAUAAAAUUUUAGUUUGUAGAUUUUGCACUGUGCAUAGGUCUUUAUCUUUGUUUGUGACUAUGUUUUAAAGAUUGUUUUAAUAAACAAGUGAUGUCAUGACUUGUGUUUGAGAGUUAAGUAUGAAUCUAUAAAUGUAAAGACAGAAGAAAGAAAAGCUUAUUUUACUGUCAAGGUCUUUUAGUGAACAUGUCAGUUACCAAAGAGCUAAAAAAAAAUUAACUGCUUGCCGUUAAUCUGGAAAUGAAAACAAUCUGAGAGUCAUCGCUGAGUUUGCUGAGACCUGCUAGAAGCUUUUAGGGCUUAAAUGAUUUCUAUAACGCUGUUUCUGCUAAGUUUAUCCUUUUGCAGUUUUAUAUGAAUCUGUAUGUAAAUACAUAGAGAAAGGAGUUUUAAGUAACAUUUUGACUUAUUUUCAAAGACUGUACAUGUUUAGAGCCCUGCGUUUGCUGGGAGGGAGUGGUUUUGUAGGUUAUUUAUUUUCACAUAGCAGGGCUGCAAAAGGCGUCAUGAUCGAAGUCAACCAGCGAGGUGAUGGUGGCACAGGGAAGGGUUAGGCCUGGGUCACACUGCAUGCGCGAGCAGCAUGUGACGGUUACCUCGCUAAACUGCUGCAGCUCGCACGCUUGUGGUAUCCACUCGGCAGCGUUGUUGCUGCAGUGCUACUGCCAGAAUUUCUGCAAUUAAAAGCCAAUUCUCCGCUCAUUUUUGGAGCUGUGCACGCCACUGCUCUGUCAACAACACAGUCAUGCAAAUAUUUUCUAGUAAAAAGCCUUGUGUUAACUUGAAGCGUUUCUUUUGAAAGAAACAUUGUCAGAUGGCUUUUAUUUUAAAACAGAUACAACAAAGGUUAAGGUUGAGGCAAAACUCUGAAUCUCUAUAUGUGCCACAGUUGAGCAGAAGACGCAUCACACCUGGGCAGAGCUGCUAAUGCCUGCAGUGUGCCUGCUUGAACCUGCCAACACGGGCGCCAAAAUAAAAACCAACAGGUUCCGCAACGGACACGCUCCGCUCACGCAUGCAGUUUGGUCUGGGUGUUAGGAGGGGUAACAAAAAAUGCAAUAAUGUCAAUUAUUAUGCUAAAGCCUUCUGCUGCCCUUUAUCCUGAGUCAUGCAUAGCCCGUGCUGGUGCUCUCAGCUGAGUAAAUGCGGUCUCUAAAGAGCAAGCUGACAGGCAUGAGACUUCAUAACCUUCUAACAGCCAUAACACCCGGUGGUUUAAUCACCUGUGACCAAAGUGUGUUUCCCAGCUCCCGCCCGGACAUGAUCGAGCACUUGGGGCCCGGGCUUGUCUCAUGACAGAAAAAUGUCUCAAUCGCAGAGAACGUGUGAAAAGACGGGGGGGCAGAAGAAGUAGUGGGGGUGGAGCUGCUAAUGCUGUUGUGUAUGUCUGUGUAAUAAAAACAAAGUGAUAUUUAAA